AGCACUAAGGACACAGGUCAGGCACUCCAGCAGGUAGGGCUGGGGCUCCCCCUCCUCUAUCAGACAGCCCUGUCCUUGGAGAUACCGACAGCUCACGGGAUCUGUCCCUUGCACGCAAGUCCUAGAAUGCUCUCGUCAAUUCCGACAGGAGCCCCGCCCUCUUUGGCCAAGAUGCCUUUGGAACUCUCAGCAAAGAGCAAUCGCUCGGAGGAUGGAAGCGAGUCCUUCCUGGAGGGAAUGAUGGACUGGGAGCUGAGCAGGUUGCAGCGACAGUGCAAGGUGAUGGAAGGGGAAAGGCGGAUCUACAGCAAGGAAGUCCACCAGCGCAUCAACAAGCAACUCGAGGAGAUCCAGCACCUGGAGCAGGUGCGGGCCAAGCUCCAGAUGCAGAUCAGCAUUGCCCAGAGCCAAGUCAAGAGGCUGCGGGACAGCGAGCGACUGGAGAACAUGGACCGCCUGCUGAAGUGCAGGGCCCGGGCGCAGGCCAAGGUGGAGGAGCUGCAGGAGCAGACCAGGGCCCUGGACAAGCAGAUCCAGGAAUGGGAGACCCGCAUCUUUACCCAAGGUAAGGAUGCCAAGGCUCCCGGAUUCAUCCAGAAACAGAAGGCCAAGGUCCAGCGAAGGAUCAAGAUUCUGGAAGACCAGUUGAACAGGGUCACCUGUCACUUUGACAUCCAGCUGGUGCGGAAUGCAGCCCUGCGGGAGGAGCUGGACCUGCUGCGCAUUGAGAGGCGCCGCUAUCUGAAUGUGGACCGCAGGAUGAAGAAGGAGAUCCGCCACCUGCGGCACAUGGUCAGCGCCCUCAUCAUCUCCUCCACCUCCGCCUACACUGUCAGGGAGGAGGCAAAGACCAAAAUGGGCGUGCUUCGGGAGCGGACAGAGAAGGAGGUAGCCCAGAACGACACAGAGGUGCAGAUCUUGCAGCGGCAGAUCUCACAUUUGGAUCAGCUGCACAGUUUCCUCAUGCUCAAGAACAACGACCGGGGGGAUCCCACCAUCGAGAAGCGUGAACAGCGGGCCCGGGAGGUGGCCGAAGGACUCCGAAAGACCUCCCAGGAGAAGCUGGUGAUGCGCUAUGAGGACACCCUGAGUAAACUGUCCCAGCUGACCGGCGAGAGCGACCCGGACCAGUUGGUACAGAAAUACCUGGAGAUUGAGGAGCGCAACUUCGCGGAGUUUAACUUCAUCAACGAGCAAAACUGGGAACUGCAGCAUCUUCUAGAAGAGAUCAAAGAGAUGCAGGAGGCCUUGGUGAGCGUGCGCGCCAGCGGGAGCACCCAGCAGGAGCAGCAGGCGCAGCAGCAGGCAGCCUUGCAGCAGCGCCUGGAUGCAGCGCGCUCUGAGUCGGAUCAGCUCGAGGCCCGCUUGCAGGACUUGCGGGGUCUGGUGGACACGCUCAAGGCUGAUAUCCAGCUGCUCUUCACCAAGGCUCGCUGUGACAGUAGUGUCAUCGAUGAACUCCUCGGGGUCAAGACCCACAUGCGGGAUCGGGACAUGAGCCUCUUCCUGAGCCUCAUUGAGAAGCGACUGGUGUACCUCCUGACAGUUCAGGCCUUUCUAGAUGCCCAGAACCAAGCCUCCGUGACUGACACUGCCCUCCUGUUGCUGGGUCAGAGCUAUGAGGAUCCUCCCAAGAAGACGGCCCCACUCCAGCCCCCUGACAACACAGAGGACCCCCCAGGUUUUGUGGCCAAAGACGACUAUCCCAUGAGCAAGGAGGAGCUGCUGAGCCAAGUGAUGAAGGCGGUGGAGGUUCAGGAGCUUGCCCAGGAGCAGCGCCAGAAGGAGCUGGCUGAGGCGGUGGGGAAGAUGGACAACACCCCGAGCACGGGCUUCUCCAGCACCAGAGUGGCCAGUGCGGGGGCCACUGGCAGGAUGCCUGGGAUGCCGGGGUCCAUCCUGAGCCACAGGACCAGCAGGGAUCCCGGCACCAGCUCCAUCAGCCAUGUUACUUUCGGCAUCCCCAACUCCGGCAUAGGCCAGCUGUCCAGGGAUCACCACUCCAGCACAGGCCAGGCCACCUUCGGCUCCUCUAGCACCAGUGGGGCCCUGGGGUCCAGCCGGACCUCGAGUGGGGGCCGUGUAACCUUCAGGUCCAUGAGUUCUGGCAGCAACCUGGCGUCCACUGGCUAUGUGGAGUCCAGCAGAGGCCAAGAGAGCUCUGGAGGUGGCACGGUGAGCAGAGGCACUGGGUCAGAAUCCAGCGGAGGUGCUGUCUCCAGCAGAGGGGUCACCUCCAGCCCCAGGCCUGCCUCCUCCACCAGCAAGGACUCCCGGUGCUUCUAGGGGAUCCAGCCACACCCUGCCCUGCUCUGUGCAGCUUUUCUGUUUCAGCCUCCCUCUUUGCCUUGGGGAUCUCCGUUUCCCCCGGCGCGGGCAGGCCUGUGUCUCUUUGUCCCUCCCCAUCUCUUUCCUCUGCCCGUCAGCACUCAGCCCUAACCACCUGUGUCCCCACUCCUGCCCUGCUUCUCCCUCUCUAGCUCCCUCUCCUCCUCUCCAUCUCCCAGGCUCUCCUGGCAUCCCACGUCCCCGUCUUUAUAGCUCCUAGUUCUCACUCCCCAAGAGCCCCCUGCCCAUACUGACCAGAUGAGCUGUGACCACAGGAAAUAAAGGUCUGGAGCUCAGCUCUUACCCCAGCCUGGUUACAAGUGUGUGUGUGUGAGACAGUCAGCUUGAGACAUGGCUCUUUCCUCUACCGCCAGUCCAGGGGAGAAUGUGUGACCCUGUCCCUGUUCCCUGUCAUUCACUCAUUUUUUGAAACUUGCACAUUCCUGGUUCUGCUGGGGACUGUAAUCAGGCAGGAUAGGCUGGGUUACACUGCAGUAACAAACACCCCCAGAAUCAGUAACCCUAAUGCAGGAAAGGUUUCUUUCUCUCCAUCGCUGCUGCUUUGUGUGGGUCAGUUAAGAGCUCUGCUCCCUGUGUCCCAGGCUGACAGAACAACCUUCCUCUGGAGGGAUGCCAGUCUCCUUUGGCACUGGGAAAGGGAAAGUGAAAGAGUAGGCUCUUAGAACUUUUGUCUGGGUCAGGCGCUAUGGCGCAUACGUAGAAUCUCAGCGGCUCAGGAGGCAGGAGGAUUGCAAGUUCAAGUCCAGUCUCAGAAACUUGGUGAGGCGCUGAGCAACUUAGCAAGGCCCUAAUUCAAAAAAAUAAAAAGGGCUGGGAAUGUGACUCAGUGGUCAAGUGCCCCCAGGUUCAAUCUCUUGUACAACCUCCCCCCAAAAAAACCCAAAAAACAAACAAAACUUUUACCUGGAUAUGACACAGUGCAAUCACCUUAACUCAAAUUUAUCAUCCAAGGCAGGGCACCUGACCCUGCCUCACUUUGAAGGGCUGGGGUGGGUUGGGGAAGUACAGUUGGUUCAUGUGUCUGCAGGCUUACUGCCCACUGCAGGCCGUGGAGCGGGAUUGGGGACUUAGCCACUGUGGAUGACUCUUGCCUGUAGUCAUGCCUAAUGCCUUGUCAAAGCCUCAUCCCACCACGUCCAAGCAGGUGACUUGUCCCCCUCCUGACCCAGGUAGGCAGAAUGGGUGACAAUAGAAUGUACUUCUGAGGUGUGCGUGUGUGACAAUGAACUGCCACAUGGAAAGCCUGGCAGAGCUAAUACUCAAAAAAUAUCUGUGAUUGGGCUGGGCUGUGGCUCAGUGGUGGAGUACUUGCCUAGCAUGUGUGAGGCACUGGGUUUAAUUGUCAGCACCACAUAUAAAUACAUGACUAAAAUAAAGGUUAAAAAAGUACCUGUGAUGAGUACAGUCAUCUCUUGGUAUUCAUAGGAGAUUGGUUCCAGGAACUGCAUGAAUACCAAGGUCACAGAUGUUUAUACCAGGGAUCAAAUCCAGGGGCACCUAACCACUGAGCCACAUCACCAGUCCUUUUUAUUUUUGAGACAGGGUCUCACUCGAUUACAGGUGUGUGCUACAGUGUCUGGCUGGCACCAUUAAAAAAAAUUAGAUCUGCAAUCGGUUGAGUCUUCAGAUGCGGAACCCAUGGACGCACAGGGCUGAGUGUACGCCGGUGAGGAGGGGAUGAGCAGGGGCUGGGCUGGGCUCCGUGCUAGAGUGCUUGCCCAGCAUGGGCCAGGCCUGCGUGCAGUUGUGAGCCCCGGGACAAUCCAGUCACCCCUCCUCAUCUGAUCCCUGGAUCUGGUGAAGGGUACCCAGCUAUCUCCCAAUCAGUGUUUCUUGAUGGUUCUUCAUGGAGUGUCUGCCAGUUCUGGGGGGCCAAUACUCUCUCCCACUAUGGCUGAUUUCAGAGUUGGAAGAGAUGGGUGAGGUCAGGCCUGUCUAAGGUGCCCCAGCCUCCCCGGACUCCCACAGAGAGCGCCCCCAGCGCAACUGCCUUCAAUUCUAAAAACACUGAAAGCUGAAAAGAACGGAAGCUGCCUUACAUCUUUAGGGCACAAAGACUCCGUUUCCAGGGUACAAAGCUAAUGCCACACACUUCUAAACCUUUACCAAGAAACAGCAAGGAGCUGCAGCCUGCUUGGUGCCGGGAGGAGACCAAGGAAGGUGUGCACAGCAGGCCCCGGACCUCAGAUUCCACCCCUGCCUCCAAAGUGGCCUCUUCAACCAGGACAGCAGGACAGAACCAGGCUAACCCCAGCUGCUGACCGCUUCAAGGUCCUGGACCCUCUGCUACCUUCCCCAGGUUCACCUGUCGGUGGCCAAUCCUGCAGCUGUGAGCCCAGGGUUCAGUAGUAACUGGCACUCUGUUCCACGAAUGAAUCGCCAGCAAUACCCAUCUAUAGAAAAGCACACGUUCUUGGCUGUCAACCUGCAGAGGAUCAGUUUCCACACGGCAAGCAAUUCAGAGCUGUAAUGAGCUGUUUUCUUGCACAGUAAAGGAUUAGCCUGAAACCCAGCAGAAAUCGCUGAGCAACAUCAGCAGCACCUGCACAGAAACCAGCAGUCUCUGCAGCUGUCGGGCGAUGCUCCGGGAAGGACGCGGUGUCUCAGGUGUUUGCAGAUCACUGCAGACGUUCACCUCAUCCGGUGCUGAGGUCUCUACCCUGCACCGACGCCAGGGAGCGAUCUCUCAAACUCGCUGGCUGGCGUGCGCUACCCUACAGUGACCCUACGCUCCAGCGGGCACGAUGUUGAUAUCGUGGAGACUUCGAUUUCUAGAGAUGCGUUAUUUUUGAUUUCACCAGGAGCACAACAGUUGGAAGUCAGUUUAAACUGUUUCCCCACAUCAUUCUAAAUGCAGCAAGGAGUGCCCUUCAUCCUUUGGGGCUGCAUUCAAGAGCCCCAGUGAGUGCCUAAAACUGUGGAUAGUACCAAACCCCAUGCAUACUAUGUUUUUUCCUAUACACAUGCACCUAUGAUGUUUAAUUAAUGAAUUAACAACAGUAAGAGAUGGACAACAAGAAAACCUGUGAGAAGAUAUAUCAAUUAUAAUAACGAGGGCUGGGUUGUGGCUCAGUGGUAGAGCACAUGCCUAGCAUGUGUGAGGCACUGGGUUUGAUUCUCAGCACCACAUAAAAAGAAAGGUCCAUUGACAACAAAAAUUUUUAAAAAUUAUAUGUCAUAAUAAAAGGCAUUUAAAGCUUAUGAAUUAUUUCUGGAAUUUUCCAUUUAAUGUUUGGACUCCAAUGAACCCUUGUGAACUGAAAUUGAGGGAAGCAAAUCACAAAGGGAGGCCUACUGUAUACUGUGUGUUAGGUAUUAGCAAUGAGAAGUGAAGGUCAUGAAUGUCCUUUAAAUUACUUUAGGGUCUUUAAACUAUUUUCAGAGACAAGAAAGCAAAGCUGGUAGUUAAUUUGUAGAAGCAAAGGAGCUAAUGGGAAGUUAUGUCAAAAGAAAAUGACAAACUCUUAAUGGGACAAACUCUUGAUGGUUUGUUUUAGUCAGCUGUUUCACUGCUGCUAGAUGAUCUGACCAGCACAAUUAUAGAGGAAGGAAGGUUUAUUUGAGGGCUCA